AUGGACGCCCCGGAGAAGAAUCUGCACCCCAGCCUCAGCCAGCUCCCGGCCACACUGUCCGUCGCGGUGACGGCAACACAGGCUGUCAGCGACAACUUGGAGCUGCUGUCACGAUUCCGUCGCUGCGGGCAGAUUCUGCAGCGUCCCGAAAUGAAAGGGCUGCGUCCAGAGCGCGUCGCCAGUCCGCCUCAAGCGUCGAUCCAUGCGAGCAUCAAACCUCUGCGACAACGCUGCGCCCAGCGAAUCGCCCCGUCCACGCCGUUGCAGUCCUCCUUCAUUUACAAGGCUGCGGUUCCUGACCCCAUGGCCAUCGCCAAGCCCCGUCGUGGGCGUUGUCCGGUGGUGGUGCAGCCAUUGCGUACGCCCACAAACGUGUUUGCUUGCGAAACCGCGAGCGUCUCCGUCUGCCUCACCGAACUGGAGCCACUGCGCAUCCUCGCCCGGGCCUCGAGACUCAGCCUGCCGUUGCAGCUGCCGUCCUCGGGCUGGUCGCGCAGCUGCUGUACUGACGGAAUGCACAGGUGGAGGAGUCGUCGGCUAGUGCAGGACUCGGUACUAUCCAUCGAAACGCCCGCCAGGGGCCCACAGCGAUCAUGGCGAGAGCUGAUCGCCCCUGCGUCCGUCCAGCGCGAGCGCGAGGCAGCUCUUGCCGCUGGCCAGCGUGGGCUGCUGCGAACUGUCGCCGUCUCGCGGCCUCUCACGUCUUUUGUGCGCUGCCACGACCUCGCAGGCAGGCCCCCGUCCCACGACGUCCCACCCACGGCGACGUGUCCCAGGCCGCCGUCACAAGCAGCGCUUCGCCCGGAGCGGGCCGAGCACUUCACCGUUGGAUCGCACAUCGCACAUCGUCCACGCCAGCACACCAUUGGCAGCUUGCCAGCAGCCCGCGCCGCUAGCCACGGGCUUGACCGAUCGUGCAUGGCGUGCAUCGGCUGGGGCGUCGCGCCAACCGCCUUCUGCUCGCCGGCAGCACUGUGGAAGUGGACGGGCGCUGGCGACUUCAUGCAUCGCAUCCCAGGCGGCUCCCAGCGCGCUGAGGGCGGCUCUCUCCCCCCUAAGGCUAAGCUGUGUGUUCCUGACGCAAUCUCCCACGGCCCCCAACCACGAGCCCGCGCGAAUAGCCUCGCCCAGCACGCCCGGAUCGUGGAGGAAUGCCACUGCAGCCGGAUGUACGCAGGGUGCCAGACGCCCAGCUGCCCAGGACCCUCCGCACCGCCCGCGCCGGGGGCAUGCCGCCUGCCAGCUCCAGCCGCCGUCGAGGUGUGGACGUGGGUGCGUGGUGGAUGCGUGGAGGCCGCCGAUGCUGGUGCUCUGCCGUGGACUGCACCCACCUGCCCUUUAGACCCCGCACAAACGGUGCCGAGCGCUGCUACUGCUGCAUGCUGA